AUGCCAUAUAUGUCUUUUCAAUUAGUGUUAAUACCACUACAGUCCAUUCACAAGCCUUUUUUAGGAUUCCUCCACUCCAGCAAAGCCUAAAUCAAAUUCGACGGCGGAGCAUCUCCUUCCCCGACCUCUUUUUCCAAGCCCCUUUCCCCGUUUUCCGACGACCUAAAUCAAAUUAGUCCCCGUCGAUGGACGGCGAAAUCAGCAAUCUGCUCCGCCUCUGCUUUUCCCUAAUCGCCUCUUUCACUUACUGCAGAUUACUUCCGGCGAGACUCCCCGCUGGAAAAUGGAGGUUAAUUUCUCUGCUCCCGAUCAUCUGCGUAUUCAUGGCGCUCCCGCGGUACGUCGCCUCCACCUUCGCCACGGCGGUGAUGGCUUUCUUCUUCACCUGGCUGGCUAAUUUCAAGCUGCUCUUAUUCGCCUUCGAUCGGGGACCGAUUGCAUCUCUGCCGUCCAAGUCGUUCCCCGUUUUCAUCGCCGCGGCGGCGUUUCCGUUCACGGUUAAGCCUCAAAACGACGUCGUUGAAGCUUCCAGAAAGUCGAAAAAAUUGCCUAUAAAUCUGACCACCGGAAUACCGAUCGCCGCCGCGUUAAUGUCGACGGUGUACUAUCGCCGCCAACAUCUCCACCCCCAAAUUUUGAUGGCUGCCUAUUGCGUUCUGGUCUUCCUCCAGCUCGAGAUUUUGAUCGAAAUUUCUAGCGCCUUGGUGCGCCCGAUGUUAGGUUUGGAGCUCGAGCCGGCGUCCGACGAGCCGUACCUGUCGAUUUCGCUUCAGGAGUUCUGGGGCCGGCGGUGGAAUAUAGCCACCGGAAACCUACUCCGGCAGGCGGUGUACAAGCCGGUCCGGUCGGUGACGGCGCCGGUGCUGGGAAGAGAGUGGUCCAUUCUGGCGGCGGUUGAAGCAGCUUUUCUUGUCUCCGGUCUUAUGCACGAGUUGAUAUUCUGGUACACAACUCCGGCGAUCCCGCCGUCGUGGGAAGUGACUAUGUUCUUCGUGGUUCAAGGUGUGGGCGUGGCGGUGGAGGUCCUGCUGAAGGCGGCAAUAGCCUCCAAGAAAUGUCGGCUGCUGACGUGGUGGGUAAGCGGGCCGCUGACGUUAGGGUUUGUGGCGGGGACGAGCUUCUGGUUGUUUUUCCCGCCGUUGAUACGGAACGGCGUCGAUGUGAGGGUAAUCGGAGAGUUCAAAUUCGCCGGAGAGUUGUUGAAGAAGAAGGGCCUAGAAUUAGUGAUGCUUGGCUAAUUACCAAAGUUAAAUGGGCCGGGCAAAAUCCGAAUAGAUAGAACAAAAUUAAUUUGUACUCCGUCCGUAAAAAAAUAAAAUAAAAUAAAAUAUCUUAAUUAUAAUAAAUAGUUAUAAGUACUCCCUUAGUCCUACAUAAUUU